GUUUCCGUGUAAAUCUUAGCAUUUCGUUAGCCGUCAAGCUAAAAGUUUAGCUUCAUACAGCCAUAUUUUCAGAGUAACAAAACAUUUAAACGGUCUCAGAUCAUGGACAGUGAAGUGUCUGACACUGACCAUGUACCAGUGCCUGAGAACUCUGGCAUGGAGGGGGAGAACGCACCUCUUUACUGUAUUUGUCGGAAACCAGACAUCAACUGCUUCAUGAUUGGCUGUGACAACUGUAAUGAGUGGUUCCAUGGCCACUGCAUUAACAUCACUGAGAAAAUGGCCAAGGCAAUCCAGGAAUGGUACUGCGUGAGAUGCAGAGAAGAAAAUCCCUUGUUGGAAGUAAAAUACAGAUCAAAGAAAAGUCGUGACAAGGAACCCGACUCUGACAGAGGUGAAAGACAGUACAGCACUCCAAGUACUCCAGAUUAUAGAAGUGAAAGGCGGCGUGGAUCCAAAGUAAAGCGUUCAGUGAGGAUGUGCGGGGAAUGUGAGCCUUGCAGGAGGACUGAAGACUGUGCUCAGUGUGAUUUCUGCAAGGACAUGAAGAAGUUUGGAGGCCCCAACAAAAUCAGACAGAAGUGCAGGUUCAGGCAAUGUGAAGUGCGAGCCAGGAAAAUGCUGCGUGUGAAGGAUGAGGAAUUCUCUCUGAGAGAAAGGAGGGACAAUUCCCACCACAGACGGAGGCGGUACUCUGAGGACUACGACAGCGAGGCAGAACUCUACCAGCAGUACAAGACGGCAGGACUGGACGACAGCAUGGCGUGGGCCAGUGAGGAUGAUGACGAGGUGGCCUUCAGUCCUGUCAUGCGUAAGAAAGCUAUAAAGGUGAAGCAUGUCAAGAGACGAGAAAAGAAGUUUGAGAAGAAAAAGGAGUCGCGUCGCCACAAGCAGAAGCAGAAGCACAAAGACAGAAGCAGGCACAGUGAGAGGGGGGAUUUGCGAGAUAGCGGAGGUCAGCGUCAGUGCCUGGGACCGAACUGUGUGGCGGGAGCAAGACCCAACUCCAAAUACUGCUCUGAGGACUGUGGCAUGAAGUUGGCCGCCAACCGGAUCUAUGAGAUCCUCCCUCAGCGUAUUCAGCAGUGGCAGCAGAGCCCCUGCAUUGCUGAGGAACACGGUAAGAAGCAGCUGGAGCGGAUACGCCGGGAACAGCAGAACGCCCGGCUCCGCCUCACCGAGAUGGAGCGACGCUUCCACGAACUGGAGGGCAUCAUCGCCAAAGCGAAGCAGCAGGCGGUUCAGCAGGAUGAGGAGGUAAAUGAAGGCGACAGCGAGGACACAGAUCUGCAGAUCUUCUGCGUGUCUUGUAGUCACCCAAUCAAUCCAAAAGUGGCACUCAGACAUAUGGAGAGAUGCUAUGCAAAGUAUGAGAGCCAGACCUCCUUCGGGUCAAUGUACCCUACAAGGAUAGAAGGCGCAACCAGGCUCUUCUGUGACGUGUACAACCCACAAAGCAAGACAUAUUGCAAGAGGCUUCAGGUUUUGUGUCCAGAGCAUUCCAGAGAUCCAAAGGUGCCUGUGGAUGAAGUGUGUGGGUGCCCUCUAGUGAAGAAUGUGUUUGAGCCGACAGGAGAAUAUUGCAGAGUCUCCAAAAGAAAGUGCAACAAACAUUACAACUGGGAAAAGCUCAGGAGAGCCGAGGUGGACUUGGAGCGUGUCAGGGUGUGGUACAAGCUGGACGAGCUCUUUGAACAGGAACGUAAUGUCAGGACUGCUAUGACCAACAGAGCUGGUCUCCUCGCUCUGAUGUUGCACCAAACUAUUCAGCACGACCCGUUGACGACCGAUCUCCGUAGCAACAAGGAUAGGUAGUCAACUCUGCUACUGUUGGAUCCGUGGAUCACUGUAUAUUUGGGAUGCACCGAUUGUCAAAUUUUUGACUUCUUGUUCUUUUUUUUUAACAUUUGAUUCCAUAAUGUGUUUCAGGGAAACAAAGAAAUCUUCAUGAUUUCUUUUUCUUUAAAUUUUAAACAGAAACAUCAUCCACCGCAAUCAGUAAAUGUGUCAUUUGCCAGGCAAAACAGCUGGAGUUAACAUGUUGGUGCACCUGCACUUUACAUAACAUGAGUUUUGAGAAGUAAGGUGUAUAAACAUUAACAACCAAUUUUAUGGAGGCUGGGGUUUUCUAACUAGAUAAUUAUUUUAAAAAUGUGUGUAUGAUAAUAUAUAUUUUCCUGCUAGUAGUAGAUGAAGUACUGCUGAUUGAAAACUGCUGUUUUUUUUUUUUGUUUUUUUUUGUUUUUAUGUUUACUCUGAAUAAACACCUGAAACCUGUUGUGUA